AUGGUGCUAGGAUUCUCGCUGCGCAAGAAAAAGAGCACACAGGAUGUGCCGGCUCCCGCUCGCUCGCCGUCUCUUCCGGACAUCAGAGCACAGCAAAUGGCAUGGCCCGAGUCACUGGUUGACCUUCCAUCCUAUCGCCAGCCAGGUCCUGAGCAUCCCCCUCCGAGAACUUCCACAAGCGGGCCUAUUGCCUCUAUCUAUGCUCGGCCUCCCCCUUCUUCCUUCAAUCGCCAGGCAGAACCUACCCCUCGCCGCUCAUCUGCGAGCCAGCGCAGGCCUCGCAUGCCUGUUCCUUUCAAUCUUAUGGUUGCUGGCCCCCGCGGUGUUGGUAAAUCUUCGUUACUCCGACUCCUCAUCGAGACGUCCGAGCUUUCCGUCCCUCUCGAAGUCCUCCCUAUUCGACCUACUCGAGAUAUCUCGACUUUUACGGCCGAGGUUUCCAACUCUGAUCGCCUUGUGCUCACAGUGAUCGACACCCCUGGGCUGGACUAUUCAGAUGGUUCUGAGCUCGAAUUGGAAAAAGCUGUCACCGGGCUGGUCAAGUAUGUUGACGCCCAAUAUGCGGAAACGCUUGGUGAGGAAUCGAAAGUCGUUCGCCAAAGUAAAGGCGACCACCAUGUUCAUCUGUGCAUUUAUCUCAUCGAUCCAUCCUCAAUUCAAUCUCCUGCGCAACGCAACCAACUGAGACCGUUGCGCGCUAGGUCGUCUACGCCUGAAAACUCGGCUGAGGACUGGGAUUCAGAGUCCGACGACGAGAUCAAUGACCAAACUCACAGGUUAAGCAUGCUUCCAGCCGAGAUUCGGGCCAUCCAACGUCUAUCGCAACGGACAAACAUAUUCCCCGUGAUCGCCCGGGGAGAUACCCUCACCGAUGCGCGCUUGAAUCGCAUCAAACGUGUCAUCAAACGAGACCUUGCCAAUGCUGGAGUCGAUCUCAAAUUAUUUGGGAUUGGGGACGAUGACGAUAUGCCUCAACGUGGUCGAGUUGAGAGUCGUGUCGGACCUGGUGGCGAAGAGGAGCCCAAAGUUAUCAAGACUAAGUACCGGCGUCCCAGCAAACCCCGUGCCAGCCUAGAAUCUAGCAACGACGCUGCCCCCAUCGACACUGCAAAUGUUCACGUCAUUCCCAAAGUCGACAACUCGGAGCUCUCGCAGAUGUUCCCCCUGGUAGUCAUCGCUCCAGAUGUACUCAAAGUAAAGGGGUCCAAGUCCAAGCGCCAAGCCACUGAGGAGAGCGGGUCUCCCAGCAUACCCGGUACGCCCAUGGCCGUGACUACAGAUGACCCAGAUUUGCCAAGCGCCGAGCUUGCGGGAUCGUUCUCGCCUCAGGAAGCUGCUCCUACCCAGCCGCCGCCGAUCCAAACGCAAACCGACGCAGCUGGAAACUUGACCACCCCUCCUCAGCCUUCUUCGCGCUCCCCUUCAAUGUAUGCGUCUCCUGGCGUGUUGCCGCCCAGCUCUUGGCGUGGAGGUGCACCAUCCGUCUCGGGCGCUCCAGCCACAAGGACAUACCCUCGUGGUCAAUUUACUCGCAAGUACCGUUGGGGGACCAUUGAUGUACUCGACCCAUCCCAUUGCGACCUCGGCGUUUUGAGGGGCGUUGUGCUAGGAUCGCAUAUGAAGGUGCUAAAAACGCAUACACGCGAAGUGAUGUACGAGCGAUUCAGAACGGAGAAACUUCUCGCGCGCCGGGCGACUGCAAAUAUCAGUGCUGAACAGCGUAGCCGACUUUUGAAAGGAUAG